UACAUACAUAGUCGAGAGCUUCCUCACAAGUCGCAACGGUCAGAUUUUGCAACCCCCAAUUCCCUCCUCUGCCUCUCUCUUCUUCUUCUUCUUCCUCUUCGAGAAGACAAAACCCUAAUUUCUCACAUUAUUCUCAUCGUCAAUGGAAUCGACGAAUGCUAAACACGAGACUCUGGUGAUGGAACCGAUCAGUUUUCAAUCCAAGGAUCAAGAGAUUUCGAAAUUCUCCGAGAAUUCUAACCCUAACGUCGUCUCACACUCGACUCCACUCGCCAAAUCGUCUGCGCAGAAGAAUCCGAAAUCGAAGCCGGCGGUUUUCUCACCACGGAAUCGGAUCAGAGAGAGGAGGUUCGUGGUGGUGAAGAAGAAUUCAAGGAAGGAGAAGAAGGAUUCAGGGUCUGUGGAUUGCAAAUGUGGAGCUAAGACCAAUUCCAACAUGAAGAAAUGUGUUUGCAUUGCGUAUGAAACUCUACGGGCUUCACAGGAAGAGUUCUUCAACAAUCGAAGAGAAUCUGAAUCAGAAAUUGGAGAAUCCAGCCAGAAUUUGGAGGAUGGAGAUGAACAAGUCGAAAUUGGAGAUUCUGAUGAAAUUAGGGUUUCUUCGAUGAAGAGGAGAAGAGAAAAGGUAUUGGAAGAAGCGAGAAUGAGUCUACCUGAAUUUGGUAAAGUGAUGCAUCUUGUUAAAGCUUUUGAGAAGCUUACUUGCUUCCCACUUUCAAAGGUAACAUAUAAGGAGGAAGAAGAAGAUCAGAUUAAGAAACCUUUGAAAUGGGAAUUGCCUGGAAUGAGCCACCCUCCUAAGUGUCCAGAAACUGAGACUGAUCAAGUCACUUGGAGUUCUUCAUUUUCUCCAUCUGAUUUGGUCUUGACUGCUACAAAUCUGGGACUAGAACAACCUCAUGCCUCAGUUUCUUCAUCAUGGGACAAUAGUGUUUCAAGUCUGAACUCAAAUGGUGGCCGGAGGGGCAGAAGAAAUAGCUUGGAUUCCUCUGCUUCAAUGGGAUGUAGAAGAUCGAAGAAGAAGCAGAUCAAAGUCACUUCUCUGAAGCCAUUUAAACUCAGAACUGAGGAACGGGGAAGAAUGAAAGAAGAAGAGUUUGCAAAAAAGCUACACGAGAUGACGCUGGAGAAAGAAAAAAUGAGAAUCCCCAUAGCUCAAGGUCUUCCCUGGACAACUGAUGAACCUGAGAAUUUGGUUAAGCCUCAUGUGAAAGAUAUCACAAUACCAGUAGACUUGAAGCUCCAUUCAGACAUUCGAGCAGUAGAACGUGCAGAAUUUGAUUACCAGGUUGCUGAGAAAAUAAACCUAAUCGAGCAAUACAAAACAGAAAGAGAACGCCAACAAAAGCUAGCAGAAGAAGAAGAGAUACGAAGGCUGAGGAAAGAGUUGGUCCCUAAGGCACAACCAAUGCCUUACUUUGAUCGACCAUUCAUUCCCAAAAGGUCGAACAAGCACCCGACGAUACCUCGAGAUCCCAAGUUUAACAUACCGCAACGCAAGAAGAUAAGAUGCUGCAGUACAUCGUCUUGGAGUGACACUGGAUCUUACAUGAGCGACCUCUUGUACCAACAAGACCUCUAAAAAACCUUUGAAUUCAAUUUGCACAUUUCUUCAAUAAUCUUGUUCCUUGUCCAUAUCAUCUCUUCAUAAACAACAUCUUACCUUUUCCUUGAAGCAACCAAUUAGUUGCAACUUACAAGAUUUGGUUUCCUCGUACUUGUUCCAUCUUUGUAAUCAUGAAUCAUCACAAACAAAAAAAUGAAAAAAAGCAAGAUAUUUUCUGAUGAUUAA